CUAAUCUUCAAAGUUUGGUAGAAAUGCUGAGUAAUUCGACAAAAGUGAUAGUCCUUAGUUUGAAUUCGAAGCACAUCGAAGAGAUAGAUAAUGUUGUUCCAGAUGAUCUGCCAGUCUUCCGAGGAACAAUGAAAGUACAUGAAGUAUGCUGGACUAUAAAUGCUCCAGACAUUUUACAAAUGAGACGGCUUUCAUGUAUCACUUGUAGUGCAGAUGAAGAGUGCAAGCAUUAUGGUUUGGGCAAAAUACAAUUUCCAGCAACUGCAGAUUUCCACAUGAGCAACUGUGACCGAUUACACUAUGAAGAUUGAUAGUUCCGACGACAUCCCACUUUCAGUUUUGAAAGACAAAAUUUCCAC